AUGAACGACAUUGCAACCCAUUCCAAUGCACCACGCAAUGCUGUUCAACCAGGUGUCACCAUAAAGGACGAUUGGGCCACGCUUGUCUCGCCUUCGACCCAAUUCCAACGAUCGAUUCCACUUGAUCAGUCUCAAUCGAGUGCCGAUCCUGUCGUUGGACUCUUCACCAAGGACCACAGAGGAAAGAUACCUUCAAUCAUGAUCGGCUUCAGCACUGAAUCACGUAAACAAAUGGCAGCUGUUGGAGUACACAGAACACUCAUGGCAGGCAUUCAAGGCUCUCAAGCUUCGGGCAUUGUAUUCAGCAUUGCCAUGUCGGGUGAAUACGAGGAUAAUGAGGACAAUGGCGAGUACAUCAUUUAUACGGGCAGUGGCGGUCGAGAUCCUUCAUCGGGCAGCAAAAAGCAAACCUUUGAUCAAACAUUGGAUGGCCGUAAUUUGCUGCUAGCAAAAUGUUGUCCCGUCCCUGUCGACUUGAAGAAUGGUGGUGAUGCGGGUGAUAACUGGCGCAAUGGCGUACCAAUUCGUGUUGUUCGUGGUUCGAAAAGCUUGCGUUUUUCAGGAUCGAGGAGUUAUGGACCAUCUGAAGGAUAUCGAUACGAUGGCGUAUACAAGGUUGUUAUGUAUUGGCCAACGAAGGGCACAUCUGGAUUCAAAGUUUGGAGAUUCAUGUUGAGAAGAGACGAUCCAUCACCCACACCAUGGUCGAUUGAAGAUAAGAUCAUGCGAAAGCAUUGCCCCAUGUACCGAGACAAUCAAAAUGAAAAGCGACACCAAUAUUGGACAUCCAUGCGACGUGUCAUUGACAACCUACAACCAGCAGUUGGAUACGGUCGCCAAGCAAAGACAUUCGAUUACACCGAUACCAUGAUUGAACAAGACAUACAAGAAACGAUUGAAUCUGACAAGGCUAUGCUUGAAAAGGAGAUGGAUCGAGCAAUCUAUAUCCCGGAUGAUCCCCUGAAGAAAACGAUCCUUCUUGAUGGCAUGAAUCGACGUAUUUGGAUGCGUGUCUGCAAUCGUGAAUAUCAACGAAAAGUCGGCAUUCGGGAUUAUUUGUCUUUUAUCGAAGUUGCAUUGACACAACCAGAAUUCCAAUGCUUGAUUUGCAAUGACAAAGUCGCCCAUCGCUCCAACAAGCAAUAUCGAGACGGUUUAUCCAUUCCCUUGGUCCACUUUGCUUCCGUACAUUGCAUGCGAUGCGAUUACAACUUUUGCAAGGAUUGCUUAAAGCCCAUGUUCAUCCGUGAUAUCCGCUGUUGCCCCAAUUGCCUUGCCGUUGGUUCGCUCGAACGUAACAUCAACCUCAAACGAAUUUACCAAGCCGCCCAUAUUGAACCUACAACCAAAAAGUGA